AGUAAAGAUGGCGACGCCUGUGGAUGGAGAGGGACAGCCAAGUCUAAAUGGGACUAUUCCCGACCCCCAAACAAAAAAACUGACAGACCUGCCGACCGAGUUGGUCGAACACAUCCUGUGCUUCCCUGUCCUCAAACAUGUCGACAUUUGUAACGUCUCCUGUUGCUGCAAGCGGCUACACGACGUUUGUCAUGGAAGGGGGAAGGUCUGGGGACACCAGUAUAAACUCAGAUGGCCAAGACUGCAGAGGUUUUAUCGUCAGAAUGAGUCCUGUGACUGGCUCAGAGAAUACAAAACACGCCAUAGAGUUGGGAUACAAAUACGAAGGACUGUGGAAUCGAUCUCAAAGAGAUUCUUCACAGAAGUUCCUUGCGUUGGUCAGGUGCUGGGAGACAGCUUUGCAGAAAUUGAGUCACUUGGAAUGCCUGAGCACUUCUGUGAAGAUGAGCUGCUCUUCAUACUCAACUCUGACAAGAGGAAAAGCCUGACCCUGAAGUACUAUGCAAAGAAAAUCCUUUACUUCCUGAGACAGCAAAACAUCCUAAAGAGUCUGAAGAAUUUCCUGGAGCAGCCCGCAGAGCAGCAGUCAGCUCUAGAAGGUGCUGUACUAGUUGAUCAGUAUUGUAACCCACUGGCCGAUGUUACACUCGAUAGCAUAUCAGCCCAGCUGGAUGAAAUCACAGAGAAAGUCAAGAAGAUGCUGAGAAUCAAGAACCCAUCACACCCCAGCCUGCGUAUUGCCCAAGGUAACUGUUCUGUUGUAGAGGACUUUGAGCUCCAGAGACAGGUCAUUUGUGCCCUUAACUCUGUCCUGUAUGAGCAGCUUCAAUACAAAGGCAAUGAGUGUGACUACUACAACCCCCUCAACUCUUAUAUCCACCAGGUGCUACUACGUCGUACAGGCAUUCCCAUAAGCCUCUCUGUUCUCUACAUGACAUUGGCCCAGAGGCUGGGUGUUCAGCUGGAACCCGUCAACUUUCCCAACCACUUCCUGCUGCGCUGGUGCCAGAAACCGAGAGGGAGUGAGGAUAUCUAUGACUUUGUCUACAUUGAUGCCUUUGGAAAAGGCAAGCAGCUGACAGCAAAGGAGUGCGAGUACCUCAUCGGCCACCAGGUUACAGCAGAUUACUACAGUGCCAUAAGCACCACAGAGGUGCUGCUUAGGAUGGUGGGAAACCUGCUUAACAUCGGCAAGAGAGGUGAGGGCAAUGAAAAAUCCUACCAGCUACUCCGAGACUCUCUGGACCUCUACCUCACAAUCAACCCAGAUAAUGUGCAGUAUUUGCUGCUGCAGGCACGCCUCUACUUCCACCUGGGAAUCUGGCCAGAAAAGGUGCUUGACAUCCUACAGCACAUUCAGGCACUGGAUCCCUCCCAGCACGGAGCGGUGGGUUACUUGGUGCAACAUACGCUGGAGCACAUCCAGCACAAGAAACACCCUGUGACACCCGAGGUGAAGAGGCGUAGUGCUCCAGAACACCUGGAAGUCCAGUAUUCAGUCGGCCUUAUUAUGAAACACAAGCGGUCUGGGUAUAACUGUGUGAUCUAUGGAUGGGACCCUAAAUGUACAAUGAGUCCAGAGUGGAUCUCCACCAUGAGGGUCCAUCAGCUGUCCAAUGGGGCUAAUCAGCCUUUCUACAAUGUACUCGUGCAGGAUGGGACUUGCCGCUAUGCAGCACAAGAGAACCUGGAGCCUCACUCAGCCCCCCUGGAGAUUGGCCACCCAGAGGUGGGUCGCUACUUCUCCGAGUUUGCUGACACCUACUAUGUUGCCAAUGAAGAACUUCAGACACGAUACCCAGAGGACAUGGAUGAAACCUUGUGUACAGUCCGGGAGUUCUAUCACAGACUGACACCCAGUGCUGGGAACCAAGAAGAAGCUCCUACCACAGACCAAAACAACCAACAAGCCAUGUCUAUGUAGCAAGUAGCGCUGUCUAGCACUCUGCCAACCCAGGCUAACCGCUUACAGGUCACAAUUAACUUAGCUGGUGCUUUGUUGUCAAAACCAGAGGGGUAUACUAUGAAGGAAAUUCAAGAAAGCCAGGCUUUUGUUGCCUUAGCUGGCGUAACAGACCCUAAAAUCCCAGUUGGAGAUGAUCGGUACCAUGACAGUAGUUGUCAGCGUUCUCUAUUAAGCUUUCUGCUUCAACCUCUGUGUGUGCUCACAUAAAAGAGGGGAGUUUCACAUGACAUGCAACUCUUCUUGCAUAUAAAAUGAUCCAUAUGAGUGCUACCCUUUCCAAUCAGAGACAUUAUAUGAUGAUGAUUAUAAAAGGUGAUUAAAAUCUAUAAGGAAAUUUGAAAAAUAUAACAGUAAAAUGCAAUACUGUUUACUCACCAGAUCAAAGUGAAAUCAAUUUGACUGAAUAGGUAUAAAAAAGUAUAAAAGAAAUUAUACAUUUUCAGUAUCACCAAAUUAAUACAUUCACCUUCCUGUGACAAUGCAAAGAACCUUUAUUCAGUCACUUUAGCAAUGUGUGAAAACCUGGCGCUUCCAGAUGAUUUUCAAACUAAAAACCAGAACAUAACCAGCUCCUGACCAGGUUACGAGAACACUACAAGUUACCAUGGUGAUUUAGCCAGUUAAGACGACCACUUUCAUGACACAGAAUACUUUAUAUUGGAAGUAGCUUGCUAAGCCAUUGAAAUUACUUGUAGUAGACCCCUCUAGCCGUGUGGAACAGAGAGUUUUUGCUUUGAUACGUCUGUCCUAAUACCCGUGUAUUUGUUGUAAAAUCAAGGUUCAAAUUGUCAGACAAUGAUGUAUGAUACUCAUUUAGCAGGGAUGUAUUUUUCACAACCGAAAUACCUUCAGAGAGCCAAGUUGGAAAAUUAAUCAAAAUCAGAAUAAUUUAACUUUAGAAACCACUAGAUUUGAAGUAAACAGUUAAGCGGACAAGUAAAUAUCAGAGUGAGUGUCCACGUGCUGCAAAUCCCCAUUGUCUAAAACCAAGGAAUGCUCUUUUACCCACAACUCCAUGCAUCCAGCACCAGUCUGAAAACCAUUUACCCUAAAUCCCCAGUACAUUGACACGCAGAAGACUAACUUUGUAAAUUGACUUUUGCUUUUAUUUCUCCGUAUUUUAAUGGUGACACUCACUUAUGAAAGUCUAACUUUCACAUUUCUAGUAUUUUUUUUCUGUAUAUUUACAAGUGAAAUAAGUAGGAUGCCAUGGCUCAUCAGUCUUUAAUGAAAAAAACAAAAACAAGUGGAACCAAUAAGGACACCAACUACUUGAAGCCGAAAUGACUGAGUUUUGAAGAGACAAAAAGAAUAAAGCGUUCCAGGUUGUAAUACUUCCUUUCUG